UUCCAUUGAAUGAGUAGCGGAAGUAGACUCGGACACUCGCUGGUCCUCAUUUUGACAGGAGUGAACGCACAAUUCAGUGAAGAGGGAACAAGCUGCCUAAAGUUUGAAAUGGUGGACUCUCAGUAUUACCUCCCAAAUGACAUCGGGAUCUCUGCUCUGGAUUGCCGGGAGGCUUUCAGGCUGCUGUCUCCCAAAGAGCAAUUGUAUGCACACUACCUCUCUCGAGCGUCCUGGUACGGUGGCCUGGCCGUGCUGAUCCAGACGUCUCCUGAGUCCGCCAACAUCUACGUACUGCUGCAAAAAUUGUUCCGCGCACAGACGCCACUGCAGCUGAAGGCAACGGCGACUGCAGCUGGACUGAGCGCAGAGGAAUAUCAGGCCUUCCUCGUAUAUGCUGCUGGGAUUUAUGCAAACAUGGGGAACUACAAGUCCUUUGGGGACACCAAAUUUAUCCCCAACCUACCAAAGGAGAAGUUCAAGGCUCUUGUGUGGGAGAGCCUGGUGUUUGAGGAGAGCCCCGAAGACAUAGAGGCGCUGUGGGGCUGCUGCUCUGAGCCCCUCUACUCCCUAGAAGACAAGCUGAAACAGCUCGGUCUGGGUGACAAGGGGAUCACGACUUACUUCUCAGGGAACUGCAGCUUAGAAGAUGCAGAGUUUGCCCAGAAAUUUCUGGACUCCAAGAAACUGAGUGCCUACAACACCCGUCUGUUCAAGACUGAAAUAGAUGGGAAGCGGUGCUAUGAGGUGCGUUUGGCGUCUGCUGAAAAGGCGGACUGCUGUGAUGCUGAGAAGGGUAGUGAAACUUUUUGUGGUAGAUAUGAAUUUGAGGAUGCUGUGUUCUCUGUUAAGAGGGGCGAUUAUUCCUUUCUUAUGGAGAAAGUGUGUCAGAACUUGGAAAAAGCCAAGGCUCAUGCAGCCAAUGAGAACCAGAAAAAGAUGCUGGAGGAGUACAUCCGCAGUUUCACCUAUGGUUCAGUGGAAGCCCAUAAAGAAGGGUCUCGUUUCUGGAUCAAAGACAAAGGACCUAUUGUGGAGAGUUACAUUGGGUUUAUUGAGAGCUACAGAGAUCCAUUUGGCUCAAGAGGUGAAUUUGAAGGUUUUGUUGCCGUGGUGAACAAGGCCAUGAGUGCUCGCUUUGCUCAGUUGGUGGGCUCGGCCGAGGUCUUGCUUCCAGAGCUGCCUUGGCCUCCUGCCUUUGAGAAGGACAGCUUCCUCAAGCCAGACUUCACCUCUCUGGACGUACUCACCUUCGCCGGCAGCGGCAUCCCUGCAGGAAUCAACAUUCCAAACUAUGACGACAUCAGACAGACAGAAGGUUUCAAGAACGUGUCCCUUGGGAAUGUGCUGGCUGUUGCGUAUGCCACGCAGAAAGACAAGCUCACCUUUCUUGAGGAGAAAGACAAGGACCUGUACAUCAAAUGGAAAGGGCCUUCUUUUGAGGUGCAGGUUGGACUCCAUGAGCUGCUGGGGCAUGGCAGUGGGAAGCUCUUUGUUCAGGAUGAUAAGGGAAAAUUCAACUUUGAUGAAACUGCUGUACGUAAUCCAGAAACAGGGGAACUGAUCUCGAGCUGGUACAAGGGCAGCGAGACAUGGGACAGCAAGUUCUCCACUAUCGCCUCGUCCUAUGAGGAGUGUCGGGCUGAGUGUGUAGGUCUCUACCUGUGUCUCAACAAACAGGUGCUCAGUAUUUUCGGGCAUGAAGGAGAUGAUGCUGAGGAGGUGGUGUAUGUGAACUGGCUGACCAUGGUGCGUGCUGGCCUGCUAGGUCUGGAGUUCUACACGCAAGAGAGCAAGAGCUGGAGACAGGCACACAUGCAGGCCCGGUUUGUGAUUUUGCGGGUUCUGCUGGAGGCUGGAGAGGGGCUGGUUGGUCUGAAGGAGUGCACGGGGACAGAUGGACGACCAGACGCUGUCAUAACACUCGACCGCAGCAAGAUCCACACAGUGGGCAAGAGCGCCAUCCAGAGGUUCCUCUGUAAACUGCAGGUGCACAAGGCGACAGCCGACGUAGAGGGAGGAAGGGCUCUGUAUGAAGGAUACUCUGCUGUAACUUCUGACGGCGCCCACGAUUUCCUGCGCCUCAGAGAGACGGUUCUGCUCCGUAAGGAAGCUCGUAAGAUGUUUGUCCAGGCUAACACCUUCUUCAAAGAUGACGCUGUGAAGCUGGUUGAGUACGAAGGCAGCGCUGAAGGGCUCAUCCAGUCCUUCGUUGAACGCUUCCCCGAAGAUGACGAGGAGGUAGAGACCCAGCUGCUGGAAAUGACCCGCGCGGAUUCCACCUGCUGGUGCUGAGAGGACACAGUGCUGUGGAAGUCCUCUCAGACGAGUAUUGGACCACACUGAGUCACAGCAACUUUCGGAAAUGAACAAAAGGCUGCAGAGUACACUGGUAAUGAUUAUAAAACCAUUCACACAUGGGAGGAAGGAAGAACCUCACUUUAAAAACGGGAACAUAACCCCAAGUGCUUUACCCUUCCACUAUUUUUAUUUAUUUUUUGUCUAUUCAGUUCUAAACAAAGGCAAUUCUGAUUAGAGCUUUGAUUAGAAAUUCCUGGUCCUGCUUCGAAUCUGACCGCAGCCCACGCUUCCCACAUAGGCAUGUGAAAGCGCUGAUGAGUGAACUUGCCGUGUGAGGGUGGGAAUUAUGUAAUCACAACACGUAACACACUUUCUCAACUUACUUUAAAAUGGAAACAAACGCUGCGCUAACUACAGAUCAUAUCUAGUGUAGUGUUAAUAUGCUGAUUCACAUCUAGGAGAAAUGGUUGUAUUCAUUCCUAAGAAUAUAAGUUGUUCAUUGGUUUACAGGCUGUUCGGUUCCUCCAAGUGUUCAGUGUGGACUGUGAAAAUCAACAGUCCCUACCAAAUAAAACCAAGUAUUUCCGAACAUAUUGUAUUUUUGUUUACUUUCAAAAUACCAAAACAUUUGUACAAUGCAUUUCAUAUAAAUAUUAUCAUGAUACAAGGUGAACAAUAAGAUAAUAUCCAGUAACUCAAUACUGACCAUCUCAUAAAUGAGAAAUUUCCAUAACUGGUUAAUUACCCACACAGUUUUUACAUUAGAAAAGACUAAAAGGCGGGGAAAAAAUUGAAAACUGAAAGUCGUGAUAUUGAAUCAAGUCAUUAAUAACCAACCUAUAAUACAAUUCUAAGUAAUAAAACAAGAGGAAAUGCCUUUUAAUUUAGCCCAAUGACAUGUCACACAACACCUGAACACCAUCCAUUAUCAGUAAUGGACAUAAAAAUAAGCUGAUUUGUGCAUUUUGCACUCUUAAAGGGACAAUGUGUACUUUGUAUUUUAUUAUUUAAAAUCAGUAUUUUUAUUCAUAAAUAUGUCCUCAAUGGUGUACAAAAACCUCUGCCAAUUAUCUGACUUAUCCUCAUAAACAAAAAAUGUAUUAUCUUUAUAUACAUGGGACGGGUUGGUCCAUGGAGGCUUCCAUGUAGUUCCGCCAUCUUGAAAAACUAUAAUAGCAGAGAGGGACAAAAAGUACUAGACCAACGCAUUUUCGUUCAGAGCCAGCCAGCGUCACAUGACUGAAAGCAGGAGAAACGGAGGAGCAGAGCAGUGAGAGGCACUUGUCACGGCCCCGGGUGCAUUGCAAAUCCUUGUCGCCAGAAAAGUCCAAAAUAGAUCGUAAAAGGAAACGUGA